GUACUGGUUAGGGUCCAAGUGAAUCACAGAAUCAUUGGCACUUUUCAUCGCUCCAAAUGGCGUCUGGAAUCCUGACAUAUCUGGAGCAGGCGGCCGAGUAUUCGCCGUCUAAAGGCUUCGUCUUCUAUAGUGUUGGUAAGGACCAACCGGAGACGGUCCUUUAUCCCGAUUUUUGGCGCCUCGUCAAGCGUAAUGCUCAAAUGUUGGUUGAACAAAAGAUCGCGGUGCCUGACCGGAUUCUCCUGGUCCAUUUUGACACUCACAAGGAGAACAUCAUUUGGUUCUGGUCUGCCAUUGCAGCCGGAGCCAUCCCAGCUGUGUCUACUCCUCUGGCUGUAGACCCAGUGGCUCGGGAGCGGCAUUUAACCCACCUUCAGAGGCUCCUAGAGCGACCCAAUGUCCUCACCAGUAUCAAGCAUACAGAUGACCUGAAUAUUAUCGAUGAGUCUCAAAAGUUCUUUAUCGAGGAUCUGGCCUCGAAUGCAGAUCAAUCCGCAGACUAUGAACCUGCGAGUCCUUCGUCAGACCUUGCGCUGCUACUGCUCACCUCCGGCAGUACGGGCAACGCCAAAGCGGUGAUGUUGCACCAUUCACAAAUCUUCGCCGCAAUUGAGGCCAAAUGGAAGGCACUAGCAAGCACUCCAGAAAACAUUUUUCUGAACUGGAUUGGGUUUGAUCAUGUUGCCUGUUUCAUGGAAAUGCACAUGCACGCAUUAUCCAGGGGUUGCCAUCAAAUUCAUCUCCCAGCCGUGACGGUUCUGGAGAACCCUCUUCUUUAUCUGGAAAAGAUGGCAGAGUAUUCUGUCACCAACGCUUUUGCCCCUAACUUCCUUGUAGCCCUGGUAGGAAAGGCCAUCGAGGCCCAGCAGGAGCGGGAUCCUCGUUCACUUGAUCUGGAUUUGAGUCAUUUGCGCAUGGUACUCUCAGGUGGUGAAGCCAAUCUCGCAUCGACGAGCAUCUUAUUCAACCGCAAGUUGGUCGAAAUGGGAGCCGCCAAGAAUGUUCUCCAUCCGUCUUUUGGUAUGACAGAGACAUGCGCAGGUAUCCACUAUCAUUACAGCUUCCCCGAGCUCGAGCAAAAGGCUAAGCUGCAAUUCUGCUCUGUGGGGCAAACAACACCUACUCUGCAGAUGCGGAUCACCGACGAACAUGGGGAAACAGUGAGAAGCGGUGAAAAUGGAAACCUGGAGUUGCAUGGGCCCAUGGUAUUCAAGGGCUAUUACAAUGACGACAAAAACACCAAGGCUGCCUUUACCGAGGACGGUUGGUUCAAGACUGGCGACACCGGAUACAUCGACAACAGGGAUAACCUUGUGCUUUCCGGACGAUCCAAGGACAGUAUCAUCAUCAAUGGCAUCAACUUUUAUUCCCACGAGCUGGAGAAUGCCAUAGACUCUGCCGGGCUGGAAGGACUUGUCCCCUCUUAUACGGUGGUGGUCUCAUCCUGGCUUGAUAAUGCGGACAGUGAAGAUAUCAUUGUCCUAUACCUGUCAAGCCAGAAAGGCACUGAGGACGACAGAAUCUUCCUUGAAACUCUCAACUCGAUCUCCAGGAUCACUGCUCUUUACUGCUCCAAGCAGCCGGUGGACAUCAUACCACUCCCGGUAGAGCUGCUUCCCAAAAAUUCCCUGGGAAAACUCCCUCGCACAAAGCUCAAGUCGCAGUAUGAGGAAGGUCGCUUCAACACAUAUAGAGAUCUUGCCGCACAAAGAGCGUCCGCGUAUCGUGCGCGAUCCAAGCGUGCCCCGCAGAACAGCAUGGAAGAGACGCUUGCUGGGAUUUUCGCGGACGAAUUCGACCUUGAUGUGUCCGAAGUUGGUGUGGACGACAGCCUUUAUGAUAUGGGAGUGAAUAGCGUCCGGUUGAUUCGAUACAAGAGGAUCGUGGAGACCCGUCUCGGCCUAAGCGAGGAAAUCCCAAUGAUCACGAUUCUGCAAAACCCGACCAUUGAAGCAUUGGCAGUCAUGCUACAAGAUCUUCAGAAAGGUCCCAAGCCAUAUAAUCCGAUUGUGCAGCUGCAAGAUGGCCCAUCGAAGGCCCCUCCGAUCUUCUUCUUCCAUCCCGGAAUGGGCGAAGUUCUUGUGUUCCUCAACUUUAGCAAGUACUUUGCUGACCGAAAAGUGUACGCUUUUCGAGCCCCGGGUUUCAAUCCAGGUGAAAAGAUGUUUACCACUAUCGACGAAAUGACAGACACCUAUCUCAAGUCCAUCCGAGAGCUCCAGCCGGAAGGACCGUACAUUUUCAUCGGGUAUUCGUACGGUGCCAUGAUUGCUUUUGAAACCGCCAAAAAGGUCGAAGCUUCUGGCGAUAGAGUCGGCUUCCUCGGCAGUCUUAACCUUCCGCCACAUAUCAAAAAGCACAUCCGAGAGAUGGAUUAUGCCGAGUCGCUGCUUCAUCUCGUAUACUUCCUUGGGUUCAUCACCGAAGAGGAUGCCCAUCGCAUGUCCCCGGAUAUGCACAAGCUCCCUCAAAGCGAGGUCCUUCCAGCCAUCAUGAAAGUCUCGGAUAAAGAGCGCGUCCAGGAGCUGGCCAUGGAUGAAGGAAAAAUUCGAGAUUGGGCUAUGCUGUCGUCGAAGCUCCAGGAGCUAGCCCAUACAUAUGAUCCUUCUGGAACUGUGCAGUCAAUGGAUGUCUUCUACGCCAUCCCACUGCUUUCUGUUGGUCGAGACAAGGAUGUCUGGCUCAAGCAGCACCUCAUGAGGUGGAAAGAGCAUUCCAAGUCGGUCAGGUUCCAUGAUGUUCCUGGCUCCCAUCACACGAUGAUGGCAGAAGAAAAUGUCUUUGCAUUGCAUAAGAUUCUCCGGGCGGCAUUGAAUGAGCGUGGAAUGCUUUGAUGGAAGCCAGAGGCGUCUUCUCUGAUUACCUCUGUUUACCUCUGAAAGAUAGGAAAGGAAUCUGUUUAGGUGGCAAAAAC